AAUACCACUAUGAGGACGAUUAUAGUGCAUCUCCUCUGUCUAAUAAUACAUGUAAAAAGUGAUGAAUACGUAAACGUCACAUAUCAACCCGUUCAAAGGCAGCUAUUAGAUUUCAAGAAGGAACACCCGCACCCAAUAGGAUUAUGGACCAAAAACGCAGGAGAUCCAGUUGAAAUUCGCGACACCAUAACGAUUAACUCUGAUCAAUUCAACAACCAGCUGCUUAUAGACUCAUUAUCGACGUUCGAUGGCGAGAGAAUACCAGAACGUGUGGUGCACUCAAAGGGUACAGGAGCCUUUGGUUACUUUGAAGUCACACACGAUGUCUCCAAGUAUACAUACGCCGAUGUGUUCAAUGAAAAGGGGAAGAAAACACCAUUGGUCGUCAGAUUCUCAUCUGCAUUACAGGACGCAGGAGGUACUGAUUUUGGCAGAGAAGUGAGAGGUAUGGCGAUAAAAUUUUACACGAAUGACGGAAACUUGGACUUGUUGUGUAUAUCAGUACCUGUCUAUUUAUACAGAGAUCCAAUGGUGUUUUUAAAUUUAGUACACGGUGUAAAAAGAAAUCCUCAGACUAAUUUGUUCGACUUCACGAGCCUUUAUGACAUCAUAACAUUAAAACCGUCUAAUAUUCACCAGUUCUUUUGGUCAUUGUCUGAUUAUGGCAUUCCAGAUGGAUACAGAAAGAUGGAUACUUUCCCCGUUCAUACUUUUGAACUUGCAAAUGUACACGGAGAGACACACUAUGUCAGAUUUAAUUUCAGAACUGAACAGGGAUUCUCGCCACUCACUACACCACAAGCGGCCGCCAUUCAAGCAGUAGACCUGGAUUACUUUACCAGAGAUUUAUACAACGCGAUUGAUUCAGGAGACUAUCCUGCAUGGAAACUGGAGAUGGAUGUGAUGACAAAACAUGACAUACAGCAUCUGGAUUACGAUCCAUUUGAUGUCACAAGGCUGUGGAAGAAUGGUACGUUUUUCACUGUGCCGAUAGGUAGGUUGGUGUUGAACAAAAAUGUCGAAAAUCAAUUUAGAGAUGUCGAACAAGCAGCAUAUAAUCCUGGUCAUUUAGUACCUGGUAUUCCCGGACCAGUGGACUUUUUGUUCCGUGGUAGACGAAUAUUUUACAGGGACACUCAAAAUUACCGUCUGGGAAGAAACAAUAAUAAGAUUUUAGUAAACACACCAUUGUACGAGAAGACGUAUGUACGAGAUGGAAGACCACCGACUAAACUUAACAUGAAGAAUGCUCCCAAUUAUUAUCCUAAUUCAUUCCAUGGACCAGUUCCAUAUGUAGAUGAGCUCAGACCGUGGAAGAACUUACAUGUAAUAGAAAGUAAUGCAGUCGACUUGGAACCAGUGUGGUAUUUUUACAAUCACAUUCUGGAAGACGACGCUCACAGAGAGAGAUUUAUAACCAAUCUUGCUAUGUCUCUUGCGCCAGUCACACCACCGGUGAUACAAAGAGUUUUUAAGAUUUUACAUUUGAUUGAUGAAGAUUUGGCUAAACGUACUAGGGCUGCCUAUGAAGUGGCGGUUGCAGCAGCGGCGGCUCAGCAAGCAGCAGCCGAAGCUUCUAAUCAGGCUGUGACUCCUAAGAGGAAUUACCCAACCGCAGAAGGUCCCCCGAAACAUAACGACACAAAAAGUAUAUAUCAACUGGGUAUUCAUCAUGAACAUAAUUAUCAUCAUCACUGA